UUCCAGUAGAAGGUUGAUUAGGAAAACUACUUCUGAGCUGAUGUGAGUUAAAUAGAGGGAUGGAGAAUCUCUGAAGAACUAUAUGAGCAGGUUCAAUGAUGCUGUUUUAGAGGUUAGUUCCUUUGAUCAAGCUGUGGGAAUUGCAGCUGUGAUCUCCGGUCUCAAGCAUGACAGGUUCAGAGACAGUUUGAUCAAACAUACUGCCACCACCUUUAGCGAGGUGAACGAUAGGUCUCUGAAAUUUAUAACUGCUGAGGAGUACGCCCUGGCACAAAACCCACCUCCCUCUAAGAACCAGCACCCAGAUUGGAGAGAUGACAAUCCGAGCAGGAAAAGGAUGAAGAUGGUGCAGAACCGAGGUCCGAUGUUGACCUCCCCAAUCAGAUCCGGAAGGACGCACUCAACACCCUCGCAACAAUCUGCAGGUAAACCUCUAGUUAAUUGGACUCCCUUUAAUUUGCCGAGGUCACAAAUUUUUAUGCAGAUCAAGAAUAAGAUGGAUUUAAGGGGUCCCGGCCCAAUGAAAACUGCUACUACUAGUCGAGACCACACUAGAUAUUGUGAUUUUCAUCAAGAUCACGGCCAUACUACAGAGCACGGCCAUACUACAGAGCAAUGCAACAGCUUAAAGUCCGAACUGGAAAGUUUAGCUCAGAAGGGAAUGCUAAAUGAGUAUGUUCAGAGAGCUGAACAGCCGAGGUUUAUCAGAGAACAAAGGCCGCAGCCUCAAGGAGUCCGCAAUCCCCCAAAUAAGCAAGGUGUGGGAUACCAGCAAGCCCCACCUCUGCUCCCACCCCCAGCCAGAAUCAUACACAUGAUUACGGGAGGCCUUGAAGCAGGUGGACUGAGCUCUAAGCAGCGAAAGCUUGCACCAGACAUCAUGUACUUCCACUGUUUCGAGAGUUUGGGACUGGAUCCAGCAUUGUUGCAUAAAUAUGAUGGUCCUAUCUAUGGCUUCAACAACCAGCUUGUUUUGGUAAAAGGAGUUCUUACCCUCCAUGUGGCUUUUGGGAGUGGCAGGACCUAUGUGACUCCUUCAGUUCGGUUCCUCGUAGUCAAAAUGGCGUCCUCUUUCAACAUUGUUAUUGGCCGACCCACACUGACUGAAAUCCGAGUUGUAGUUUCCCAGUCUCACCUCUGUAUGAAGUUCCCAACUCCUACGGGAAUAGAAACACUGCGAGGAAACCAGGAGCAAGUUAUGGGCGUUGAGAUUAUAGAUAAUCGACCAGAAGAUGAAACCAGAGCUGCUCCGGUCGAAGAUGUUGAAGAGGCUAUUAAAGAAGAGGUAGAUAAGCUCCUACAGGCUGGUUUUGUCAAGAAAAUUGAUUACUAUGAAUGGGUGGCCAACCCAGUCCUGGUGAAAAAGGCAAAUGGUAAAUGGCGAAUGUGCAUUGAUUAUACAAAUCUUAACCAAGCCUGCCCUAAGGAUUGCUAUCCGAUGCUGAACAUUGACAAAUUAGUUGAUGCGGCUUCAGGCAAUGAGAGGUUAAGCCUCUUGGAUGCAUAUUCUGGGUAUCACCAAGUGCCAAUGGCUCCCAAAGACGAAGAGAAAACCUCGUUCUAUGCUGGCGAUGAAAUUUAUUGUUAUGUCAUGAUGCCGUUCGGCUUAAAGAACGCAGGUGCUACUUAUCAGAAAAUGGUGACCAUCGUCUUCCACGCUCAGAUCGGCAAGAAUCUGGAGGUGUAUGUGGAUGACAUUGUGGUAAAGAGUCUGAAAGCAGAAAACCAUCUAGCCGACCUCGACGAAACCUUUAAUAACCUCAGAAAGAACAGGAUGCGGUUAAACCUAGCCAAAUGCAUCUUCAGAGUGGAGUCUGAAAAGUUUCUAGGUUUCAUGGUGUCCCAAAGAGGGAUUGAGGUCAAUCCAGAGAAGAUCAAAGCAAUUGCCGAUAUGGAACCGCCGAAAUCAGUAAAAGAUAUACAGAGGUUGACUGGAAGAGUGGCAGCUCUUCAUCGAUUCAUAUCAAAGUCAGCAUAUAAGUGCCUGCCAUUCUUCAAGAUUAUGAGCUCGCCACCUCUACUGACUAAGGCCAUCGAUGGGGAAAUUCUUUAUUUGUAUCUGGGAAUUUCAGAUGAAGCCAUUAGUUCAGUUCUGGUGCAAGAAGAAGCCAAGCAGCAAAAACCAAUCUAUUAUAUCAGCAGUGUACUGCACGGGGCAGAGCUGAGGUAUCCUAUAGCUGAGAAAGCAGCAUUAGCAGUUGUCACUUCGGCCAGGAAGUUGAGGCCAUAUUUCCAGUCACACCCAAUUAUCGUUCUCAUAGAUCAACCUCUCUGGCAAAUUCUGCAGAAACCAGAGUGCUCUGGAAGAUUAAUUAAGUGGGCGGUGGAACUGGGGGAGUUUGAGAAAACGUUUCAGCAGAGAACGGCAAUUCGAGCUCAAGCAUUAGCAGAUUUCAUUGUCGAAUGCACUUCAUGUCCUUCAACCUCUAAUCCAGAGCCCAACGACUGGACCUUGUAUGUUGACGGGGCAUCUAGUAGCAAAGGUUCAGGAGUGGGCGCUCUCUUGAUUGGCCCAGAGGGUUAUCGAAGCGAACAUGCUUUGAAAUUCAACUUUGAUGCAACAAAUAACAUGGCUGAAUAUGAAGCUCUGCUACUUGGCCUACAGCUAGCAUUAGAGUUAAAAAUCACCUUGGUGGCCGAGCUGAAAUGCAAAUUCCAGAACUUUUGUCUGAGCAAAAUCCCUCGAACUGAGAAUGAACAGGCAGAUUCACUCUCCAAGUUUGCCUCUGAUAGCUCUUUAAGUUCCAGAUCUGUUUUUGUAGAGGUCUUAGACGAACCAAGCUUCGUGAAGCCUCGGGUGAUGGAAAUUAGUGCAAACCCUAACGCGCCGAGCUGGACUGAUUCAAUCAUCUCCUUUUUGCGAGAUGGGAUAGCACCUGAGGAUAGGCAGAAGGCAAUGAAGUUGAGAAAGAAAGCAUCUCGAUAUACACUCGUUGAUGGGGUGCACGGAGGUGUCUGUGGGAGUCAUGUCGGUGCUAGGACUCUGGCUCACAAAGUCUUAAGGCAAGGAUAUUACUGGCCAAACAUGCAUAAAGAUGCCACUUACUUUGUUCAGAAAUGCCCGAAAUGUCAAUUCUUUGCACAUUUGACUCACCAACCAGCAGAGGAGCUCACGAACUUGGUAGCACCAUGGCCAUUUGCUCAGUGGGGACUAGAUCUUUUAGGCCCGUUCGUGAAAGGAGUUGGUGGUGUAACCCAUCUGGUUGUUGGUGUGGAUUAUUUUACAAAGUGGGUUGAAGCUUGGCCUUUAUCUAGUCUUACUUCCAAGAAGGUCGAAGAUUUUGUUUUCAGCUUGAUCAUCUACAGAUAUGGGAUCCCGAAUCAGAUUGUAGCCGAUAAUGGAACUCAAUUCAAUUGCUCCUCAUUUCGAGAUUUUUGUUCCAGUUAUGGGAUCAAGUUACAAUUCACCUCCGUUUAUCAUCCAGAGUCCAAUGGUAUGGUUAAAUCUGUUAACAAAUGCAUUUUGGAAGGUAUAAGGUCGAGAUUGGAACAGCAUAAGGCCAAGUGGGCAGACGAGCUCAACAACGUCCUUUGGGCAUACAGAACCACGAACCGAACUGCCACAGGUGAAACACCCUACCACUUGGCCUUUGGCACCGAAGCAGUCAUUCCUGUUGAAAUAGGAGUCCCAAGCUUCCCGGUCACCCAUUUCGAUGAAGGACGAAAUGGACAACUGCUUCGGGAAAACCUUGAUCUGCUUGCCAAAGUCAGAGAAGAAGCUCGGCUUCGAACUCUUGUAUACAAGCAGAAGCUAGCCAACUUCUACAAUAAGCGGAUCCACCCUCGAAUAUUCAAAGUAGGAGACCUUGUUCUCAGAAAAGCUGGCCUAACAGGAUUUGAAACUCGUUUUGGCAAACUCGCCCCAAAUUGGGAAGGCCCGUAUACUGUGGCCGAGGUGCCACAUCCUGGUGCCUAUGUCCUCCAAGACUCUGAAGGAAAAAGAGUUCCUAGAGUCUGGAAUAUCAACAACUUGAAGAAAUUUUACCCCUAAUAAAAUUCUUUCAAGUGAUCUAUGUCUUACUGUUCUUUACACUUCUCACUUCGUGUUUAUUCAGAUUCAUUUUACUUCUUAUUCUAUGUAUCCGAGGUCAAUUAGUCUUGGAACCUCAUUUUUUAUUAGUAAAUGUCACUUCACAUA